AUGGAUACCAAGCCAAGACUACUUGCUAACGUCAUAGAGACGAAGGCAAAGACAAUUCCUGACGCCCCCUGGCUUCUGUAUGCCAAGUCAUCUUCAUGGGAGCACGAAGGAGGCUACAAGACUAUCACAUGGAAGCAAUGUGCCAAUGCAAUAAAUAAGAUGGCUCAUUUCCUGGACGAAAAUAUUCCUAGGCAGAGCAAAGCUCGACAAACAAUCACUUACCAGGGCCCAAAUGAUGCAAGAUACUACAUCAUGAUGGUAGCGGCGGCUAAAUCAAAGAGGACUGUUUUUAUUCCCGAUGGGAGAAUUACUCCAGAUGGUAUGCUCAAGAUUCUGGAUGAGAUAAAGUGCAAAAUUUGGGUUUCACCGGACGACCAAGGCGCUUUCCCGAAGGGCCAAACUAGUCUGAAGAUUCCAUCCCUGGAAGAUAUCCUGGAACAGCCCAACAGUGGUGAUAUCCAGUAUACUUACGAUGAAUCUUGGGAACAAGAGAAAAAUGAGAUAGUCUGCAUUAUCCACACCUCUGGCACAACUGGCAAUCCGAAGCCCAUCUACCUUCGCAAUGGAUUUAUGUCGGUUUUUGACUGGAUUCUAUUAUACGAAAGACACUUAUCUCCCAAAAUUACCUAUCACCAUUAUGAGAACUCCUUGACACUGACAACCUGCGCUCCUCAAUGGCUGGGUGGCUUUGCGUUCACUCUGAAUACAGCAGCCUUUGUUGGUAUGAUUACCGUUCUUUUACCGCCUGACAUGAAAUCGCCUCUAGAUCGAGAGUCGGUCAUAAGAAUUUGCCGGCAUACGGGGGCUAAGAGUAUUGUGACACCUCCAUCUCUCAUUGAAGACUUUUACAAUGAUGAGUCUGCCUUCGAAUUUUUGAAGAGCCUUGAUUACGUUUGCUGGCUAGGAGCAGGGCUAGAUAGUGCCAUUGGCGACGAUCUAGCACGGCAUACCCAUCUAUUUCCGGUGAUUGGAUCUACCGAGCGUGGACCUCAGCCGUCUUUUGAACCGCGUGAUGCGAAAAUGUGGAAUACCUUUGAAUUUAUUCCCGAGUCCGGGCCUAGGUUCGAGAAAAUUUCCGAUGACCUUUAUGAGCUACAGAUCGGCCGUACGCCAGAGCAUGACUUCUUCCAAGGAGGGUUUUAUGUCUUUCCUGACCUCGAUACUAUCCCAUCAUCGGAGAUCUAUUCACCAGUUGUUGACAGUUACGGUUCUACCAGGUGGACUUUCCGUGGACGCACGGGCGAUUUGGUAAAGCUAUCCUGGCUUGCCAAAUUUCAUGCGACACAUAUCGAGAGCGCCAUAAAUAAGCACAGCCAAGUCAACUCGGUGGUCAUGGGUGGAGAGGGACGUGAUGUGCCCUACAUCAUUGUGGAACCUAAAGAUCACAACGAAAUUCAAGACCACAAAAGAUUCAUCGAUGAGAUAUAUGACGCGAUGAUACUAUCCCUGAAUGAAAAAGGUCACCAAGAGAUACAGAUACCGCGAGAAACAGUCAUGUUGUCUGAUCCGUCAUUGCCAUUUCAACGAACAUUGAAAAUGACAAUCAUUAGACAAAAGGUGGAAGAUUCUUACAAGCAGCACAUUGAUGCGAUGUACCAACUAUGGCAAAGCAAGAAAGGAAAACAGGCCCCGGGGCAGCCAUGA